AGCUGUGCAUAUUAUUGUGAUUAAAUUACGUCAUUUAAAAAAUAAAAGUGCCAUUUUACACAAACGUUAGCGUUUGCUUCGAAUGUCGACCGUGUGUAUGACAAGCACAGCUAGCAUGCAGCGAUUGCUAAAUUGGAUAGCAAGACUGGCUAAUUGUGAUUCAAGACAGCUUCUCUCAGCAGCAACCCAUGGCUGGCUUCAGGCAAGAGGAUGUGGAGGUGUUCUACGAUAUGGGGGAGGAGCUGGGGAGCGGACAGUUUGCCAUCGUACGGAAGUGUAAAGAGAAGACCUCUGGCUCUGAGUACGCCGCCAAAUUCAUCAAGAAGCGUCGCCUGUCGUCUAGCCGCCGGGGCGUUAGCCGCGAGGAGAUCGAGAGGGAGGUGAACAUCCUGAGAGAGAUCCAGCACAGCAACAUCAUAACGCUACACGACAUCUUCGAGAACAAGACCGACGUCAUCCUCAUCCUGGAGCUGGUGUCUGGGGGGGAGCUGUUUGACUUCUUGGCAGAGAAGGAGUCUUUAACAGAGGAGGCUGCCACACAGUUCCUCAAACAGAUCCUGGAUGGGGUCCACUACCUGCACUCCAAAUGCAUAGCUCACUUUGACCUCAAGCCGGAGAACAUUAUGCUGCUGGAUAAGAAUGUUCCCAACCCCAGGAUCAAACUCAUCGACUUCGGCAUCGCUCAUCAAAUCAAAGCUGGGAACGAGUUUAAAAACAUCUUCGGAACGCCAGAGUUUGUUGCUCCAGAGAUAGUCAACUAUGAACUGCUAGGCCUGGAGGCUGACAUGUGGAGUAUUGGAGUUAUCACAUACAUUCUGUUGAGUGGUGCCUCUCCAUUCCUGGGGGAGACCAAGCAGGAGACUCUGACCAACAUCUCAGCAGUCAACUAUGACUUUGACGAGGAGUACUUCAGCAACACUAGUGAGUUGGCCAAGGACUUCAUCAGACGGCUGCUGGUCAAGGAUCCCAAGAAGAGAAUGACCAUCGAUGACAGCCUUCAGCAUCCCUGGAUCAAGGUGAUCAAGAGGCGAAACGUGCGCCAGGAGGAGAGCGGGAAGAAGCCGGAGCGCAGGCGCCUGAAGACAACGCGUCUAAAGGAGUACACCAUCAAGUCCCACUCCUCCAUGCCCCCCAACAACACCUACGUCAACUUCGAACGCUUCUCCCAGGUGCUGGAGGAGAUCGCUGCUGCCGAGGAGGGGCUGAGAGACCUGGAGCACAACCAGAGGUCAUGUCAGGAGGAUGUGGCUGCUCUACUCUCUAUCUAUGAGGAGAAGGAGGGCUGGUACAAGGAGGAGAACCAGAGCAUCGCCAGCAACCUGGAUCACAUCCGCCAGGCUCUGCAGUGUACCCAGGCCCAGCGCAGGCAGAGUCAGGAGGAUGCCCGUGCCGCCAUGCUGGCUGCUAACGCACUCAAGAGGACGUUUGGGCGCCUGGAGAACCGCUACGAGGUCCUGGCGGAGCAGGUGGCGUCGGAGGUGCGCUGGGUAGAGGAGCUGGUCAGAGGGAUAGAGAGGGAGAAAGACAGUCUGGUCAUGCCCUGAGACCUGGCUCCAGCUUGGCUUGUAGAAUAGUCCUGAGCCUGGCCUGCCUUCUAGAAUCACUGACAUUAUUCUCAUAGAAUCACUGACAUUAGUCUGAAUCUACGCUCUUCAGUUUCUUCUUUCUAGGGCGGUCUGGUCAUGGCCGGUAGGCAAAGUCCUACCGGGCUGGGGCUGGAAUCACUGAAUGACAUUAUUUUAGUUCUCAGCUUACUUCCUACUAUGUCCAUGUCUGUGUGUGUGUAUGGUACAGUCAGGACAGUACAUGUACACCAGCUCUCAGAGUUUUUCUGGUGUUGGUGUGGUUGUUGGAAUCACAGACAUUACUCUGUUUCUGCACUCUCAGCUUCUUCUUUGUCUGUGUGUUUGUGGCACGAACAGGGCACAUAUUCUACACCAGCUGUCAUCAGAUUCAGAAUGAGGGUCCAGAGUUCUUCGGGUUAGAGAAAACGCUUGGGCCCCCGAUCAUAAUCCAUGCUGCCCCUCACACACAUUUGAUUGGGAAAAAGGUUACUCCUCCUGUAUCACUUUGUAUGGAGAGAACUAGCAACGCAGAGUCCUUAUUAUGAAUACGUGUUUAAUAAUACAUGUCCUAAAUACACGUUUAAUGUUGAAGAUAAGGAUUUUGAAGAAAUACAUGGUAUAUGCACCUGUGUGACAGCCUUAGUCUGGCUUGGUGUGUCAAUUUUAAGUACGCCAUCAUAACAUGUAUCAUUCUCAGCUGAUGGUUAUAAGUAACAACAGUACAAAUUGCACAGAAAUAACAGAAAAUUCAUGUCGAUGUAUUAUAGGGAGAUCUCAGCCUACUGUCAAUAGGAUGAAGUACUAUCUAUUCUAUACCAUAUGUCACUCAGCUGACUUGUUGUACUGUGAUGCAAAUGCAAACACUAUAGCUGUCUUACCUAAGGAGAGAGUAGUCUUAAAAUAUAUAGAUUGUAUAAACCAGUUUUGCUCUUUAUACGCUGUGCCUGGAUAUAGAACACCUUAUUGCCUAUACAUAAGCAUAAGGAAAUAUGUAGUAAUGGCUAGACAUGUUAGUGAAAAUACAGGCUUAGUUGCUGUCCCUCAAAACGCUUUGGGCCAGUUUCCUGGAUAAAAGCAUGCUCAAUGGAAGUUGUCCAUUGAAUUUGGUUUUUAGCCCAGGACUAGGCUUAAUCUUUGUCUGGGAAACUGCCCCGUUUAAGUACAACUAUUGUACAUAGGAUUCUUCCCAAAUUAUCUGCAUGAUGUUAAACUAUGUAAAGUAUAAAUUUUUUUUUUUUUAAUUCAUUACGACCAUAACAACCCACACACUUCAGACAUUCCACGAGUUAGUCAUUAAAUCUAUGCAUCACAUUCCAUGUUCACCAUAAAACUACAGAACCCUAUACUCCCUAGAUUAAUAUUCUCAUUUGCACUUAAGAAUAAAGCAAUGUUCCAAACUAUCUCCCACUGAAUUAUUUUAACGUACGCAAAACGUAUAAUUGGUAUGUAUUUAUUGGUUUGAACAGUUUUAGACAGGUUUGUGUUUUAAAUAAACAAGCUUAAAUACAUGUA